AUGUCUAACUCCAAGGAAACAUCUAACGCCGUCACAACAGACCCAGAACCAACAAACCAAACCGCCAUAACCGUUAAAAAACCACCGUCAAAAGACCGUCACAGCAAAGUUGACGGACGCGGUAGAAGAAUACGCAUGCCAAUUAUAUGCGCCGCACGUGUCUUCCAGUUAACACGUGAGUUAGGUCAUAAAUCCGACGGUCAAACCAUCGAGUGGCUUCUCCGUCAAGCUGAACCCUCCAUCAUCGCCGCCACCGGUACCGGGACUACUCCCGCUUCUUUCUCUUCUCUCUCCGAGCAUAAACCGUUUCUCUCUCCUUCUCCCUUCAUUCUCGGUAAACGGUUACGUUCCGACCACGAUGAUGUUUCGAUUGCGGCUCCUACUGCUCCUCCUGCUUUGUGGAGGCCGGAUUUCGCUCAGCUUUGGAGCUUCGCUGCGGCUGCUCAACCUCCGCCGGAUGUUCUUUCCAUUUCUCCGAAUCAGCAUCAGCAUAGUUCGCUGUUUCAUCAUCAGCAGCAUCAGCAGCAACAACAGCAGCAGCAUCAACAACAAGGUUCCAUGGGAGAAGCUUCCGCAGCUAGGCUAGGGAAUUAUCUUCCCGGACAUCUGAAUUUGCUGGCCUCAUUGUCAGGUGGUAAUGGAAACUCAGGCCGCGGAGACGAAGAGGAUCGUUGA